CGAUACCGAUCAUUUCCGAUAUUACAUUUUCAAGCAUUUAUCGGCAGGCCGAUAUCAUCGGACAUCUCUAGUUUGAAGUUGUAGAAGUGACAUUUUGAUGCUCCCUGCCUCCCUGUUUGGGUGCCAGCGUCGCCAUGGCAACCCUCAUCCCCCCUCCCCCCUGUCCAAUCAGCACGGAGAGAUGUGGUCCCGCCCUGACCCCAAGGUGAGCUCAAGAGUCCGGACGGGAGCCGGGUGGGUCCCACACGGUUGUGCGCGCGGCUCCACAUGGUGUUCAGGUCUCCUCUCGACUUCUUCUCCGCCUCUCGCCUCCUCCUGCCGCGCCUGGCGGACCAUGGCUCCCCGGAGGACGCGCCCUUCUCCCUCCCGGGCCUCUGCUUCUCGGCGGCGCAGAUCGCCAGCGUGUGCGAGACCCUGGAAGAGACCGGCGACAUCGAGCGCCUCGCCCGCUUCCUCUGGUCGCUGCCGGUGACGGCGGACGGCCGCGACUCCAUCUCGGAGCACGAAUCCGUGCAGCGCGCCCGGGCCGUGGUGGCCUACCACGGCGGCAGCUUCCGGGAGCUCUACCGGAUCCUGGAGACGCACCGCUUCACCAGAGCCUCGCACGGCAAGCUGCAGGCCAUGUGGCUGGAGGCGCACUACCGGGAGGCGGAGAAGCUCCGGGGGCGGCCCCUGGGCCCCGUGGACAAGUACCGCGUCCGGAAGAAGUUCCCCCUGCCCAGGACCAUCUGGGACGGCGAGCAGAAGACGCACUGCUUCAAGGAGCGCACCCGCGGGCUGCUCCGGGAGUGGUACCUGCAGGACCCAUACCCCAACCCCGGCAAGAAGCGGGAGCUGGCCCACGCCACCGGGCUGACGCCCACGCAAGUCGGGAACUGGUUCAAGAACCGGAGACAGCGAGACCGAGCCGCGGCCACCAAGAACAGGUUGCAGCACCACCGGCUGCGGUCUGAGCGUCCACUGAGCGCGGGCGGCUGCAGUCCCGACCUGAGCGCCGAGCGUGCGGACGUCCAAACUCUCCACUCAGUAACAGACAGUGACUCCGACUUGGAGGUGUGACAACUUUCUUUUAUUGUGAAAGGACUUUUAGGACCCUUUGCUGCUGCCCCCUGCGGACGGAAGACCACCUGCCUCCGCAGCAAAUAUUCUUGGCAAUAACGUGAUCGGUCACCUUCUAAUUGGUGACGACUUUUUGGAGACGUCAAGGACCGACCUUUGAACUAUGCAGACCAACUACCCUCUUAUGCAGACCAACUACCCUCUUAUGCAGACCAACUACCCUCUUAUGCAGACCAACUACCCUCUUAUGCAGACCAACUACCCUCUUAUGCAGACCAACUACCCUCUUAUGCAGACCAACUACCCUCUUAUGCAGACCAACUACCCUCUUAUGCAGACCA